AAGAGAUUAUCACUACUCCCUUCUUCAAAUGCCUGCCAUUAAUUUCCUGUUCAAGCGUCGCUGAUAAUGCGGUUUUUCAAUUUUAGAUUUAGUUUUUGAAAUAUUAGAGACUUAAAGUGAAUAAAAAAGGAAGUUUAUUGGUAACAAAUUUAGGUUUGACAAUCCAAAUAAAUAUUUUAAAAAAGGGCAUUAUAUGUGAGCCCACGAGCUAAAGUUUGUUAGGACCAUUCCUGAAAUAGUCCUGAAUUCAAAGACCUAGCCUCAGCUCUGUAUUUCGCAGACUGUUAACUCUGCUAAAAAUAGACUCUACCUUUGAAUUCUGAACAUAAAACAGAGGACUGUUUGGAUCAUCUCUUUUAUCCCGCUCAUUUACUUUUCUUCCUUCCUUCACAUGAUCCUCCCUUUACGCCCGCGCCAAACACCACCUUACUUAUUCUCACAUUGCCCUGUGUUGUGUAAAUACCGCCAACCACGCUUCACUCUCAUGUCUUCACCUUCUUCUUCUUCUUCGUCCCCGUCUCUCACUACUCUUUCUGAUUCUCCAAUGGAAGCCUUUCGCGCGCUCGAAUUCCAAACGACGUCGCCUGCAGCAGCGACUGCGGCGCCUUUCGCCGACGAUGACGGGGACUCGUUUUUUGAUCUGGUUCUCGGAUCGCCUGAUAGCGUCGCCGUGACACGACGUGGUGUUGCUGCGGAGAAGGAUUUUCGAUUUAUCGAAUCUCCCAGAGAUGUAUUCGUUAGAGGAAACGGUUUCGUGAAUUCCAGACCUCUGUGUAAAGUCACUCUCGUUAGAUCGACUCCCAAAUUCAGAGUUUUCAUGUUAGGUUUCAGGAAAUCGGCGAAAUGCGAGAGAUCGGAGUCCAACGGGGAGGCGAAACGGAGUCCGUUAAAUCAGUUCCCCAAAUCCUCGAAGAUCGAGGAGAGCAAUCGUCUCUCCGUAACAUGCAGAGUUGAGAAAACGCCAGGCACGUGCCGUGUGGCCGGAGCCAACAGUUUGAGAAGCCAGCUUCUAAAAGAAACUUUCGAUUACGAAAACUCGCCAGAAAAAUCAUCCAGAGGUUCGCUUCCCAAAUAUCUGAAGCUGAUUCGACCGUUGUACUUGUUGGUAUGGAGGAGACAGCAUGAGAAGACGAAGUCGACGGAAUCCUCAACGCCGUCGGCAUCUCCGGUGACGGUACCUGCCAGCUUAUCACCGAAAAGGAUUUCAGACGGUAGCAGGAUCGGCAACUUUAAGAUCGCGGCGAGGCGUUUUGGUAAAAGCCGAUCGGUUUCAACGGCGGUAAGCAUGUCGCCGCAACCAGCUCGCCGGCGAGACGAUUCGCUUUUGGAACGGCAUGACGGAAUCCAAAACGCCGUUCUGUUUUGCAAAAAAUCCUACAACUCCUCAUCUAAAGAAAUUUCAAAAUUAUUUCAAUCUUCGGUUGAUCCUUUGCCCCACGGGAGAAGUUCAUGCGAAGAGCCAAAGAGAUGCAGCAUUUGAAUGAGAAAUCAAACAUAAAAAAUGAAACAUAAAGGAAUAUAUAAUUAAAGACAAGAUGAUGACGCCAAAAUGGAGCAGCAGCUGCGAUGAUGAUUAUGGAAUUUUGAAGAUUAUUGUUCAAAACAAAUAAGCCGGUGGCUGUGCACAGUGUGAAUGACAGUUAGUAGUGGUAAAAGUUUUUUGGUUAUGUAAAAAGCCAAUUAUAUCCGUAUCAUUUUAUUGAUUUUAAACUCAGUUUCACUGUC